AUGGCCGAGAUAGGAGGAGGAGCUAAUGGUAAUAGCCAUGGAGUGACUUUAAAUAUAAAAGAUGGUGAAAUGAAUUACAACACUCCUCGCUCAGCAUCAAAAUCCAAUGAAGACUACUCUUCAGGCUGCUUUGUCACUCUACCCUUUAUGCAAAAGUUGAUUGCAGAGGUAUUGGGGACAUACUUCCUAAUAUUUGCUGGUUGUGCUGCUGUGGUGGUGAAUUUGGACAAGGACAAGGUUGUGACUCUACCAGGAAUAUCAAUAGUCUGGGGACUGGUUGUGAUGGUCAUGGUUUACUCUGUUGGACAUAUCUCUGGUGCCCAUUUUAACCCUGCUGUUACCAUUGCUUUUGCCACCUGCAAGAGGUUUCCAUGGAAACAGGUACCAGCCUAUAUCUCAGCUCAAGUCCUCGGAUCAACACUAGCAAGCGGAACCCUCCGACUAAUAUUCAACGGGAAGCAUGAUCAUUUCGCCGGAACCCUACCGACGGGAACAGAUGUGCAGUCUCUAGUAGUCGAGUUCAUAAUCACAUUCUACCUCAUGUUUGUCAUUUCUGGUGUCGCCACAGAUAACCGAGCUGUUAGUUUCUAUUCCUACCAUCUUCCUAUUAGUUUAUACUUCGCCAAGGUUGACUACUGGCCACAG